AUGUCCGAUCUUCCAAGCCUCUCGUCACUGCCCCACCAGCCCCAGGAAACCCAGCUGCGGGUGCUGGACACCCUGUUCGAGCCAUCGCCCGAGCUGCAUCAGUUGAUGGUUCCCGUCCUCGCCGGCCAGAGCUUCUCCUCCUACGCCUCGCUCAUCGACGCCGUCGGCGGUCGCAUGUCCGCCCUCUCCGCAGUCAAUUCGCCCACCGACCGGAAUGUGCUGUUCGGCAUCCUGGGGUCGCAUCCCCGGCUCGGUCGGGCCCCCGCCAACCCCGAACAUCUCAGCGAGUUGAGCAAGAAGGAGCAGGCGCAAUUGAACGAGGGUGCAGAGGAACAGGCCGAAAAGCUGCGCGAGUUGAAUGCCGAGUACGAGGCCAAGUUCCCCGGACUGCGAUUUGUCUCGUUCGUCAACGGCCGCAGCCGAGAUGUCAUCAUGGCCGAAAUGCGCCAGCGCAUUGAUCGGGCAGACGGCGAGCGCGAAAUCGCCGAGACUAUUCAGGCGAUGUGUGACAUUGCCAAGGACCGCGCACGCAAACUGCAGGCGAACCUUUAA